AUAAAAUUUCUAAUAUAUUUAAAAAAUUAAUGAAUUUUACUUUAUUUAUCCAAAAUAUCCGCUACUAAAAAAAAUUACACAGCAAUGCAACUAACUCCGCAACUUAGAGGUGUUUAGUUCGAGCAUCAACUUAACAAUAUGCCACAAAGGCUUCCAAAUGCAGUCGACAAUAGCUCUUUCACCUUCCUUAGUACCGAUAUAUAACUACUCAUAACCAAAAUAACCUGAAAAAAUAUAUAUAUAGUUACGACUUAAGGUGGAAGGGAGAAAUCCUGGAUCUUAUAAAUACAGUGGCCAUGCAAAUUGUCACAACUCUUCAGAUUUCACCUGUCAAAUCUCUAAAUUUUUGCAAAGGAAGAAGGCCGAGGCAGUCAGAGGAGGUUUCUGAAUUGACAGGCCAACCGGAGAUGGAUCAGAUUUCAGGAGCUGGGCACUAGACGAGCUGCUGACUGGCAGGCCUACUAGGAGGAUGGUCCGUGACAAAAUGCACUGAUACUGCUGCUUAGACAAAGGUAAUUUGGCGUUAGCAUUAAUCAUUCUUAGUCAUCUGUCAGCCAUCGUCAUCAUUUCUUCCCAUAGCAAUUCAUUUGGAUGGUUGUCUCUCUCUUUCUCUCACACAUACAGAGUCUUUCUUUGCUCUGUCUGAUACCAUUAUGGCGAAGGAGAUGAGGUCUGAUUCCAACCCAUUUUCCUCGACUAAACACAAGCAUUUCUUCGUAAAAUUUGCAGUCUCACUUCUCUUAAUAGGUCUUUCUUUUCGUCUGUUCGUCUCUGAUUCAAUCAGCUUCUCAUCAGUUGGAGAGACACCAGCCAUUGAACAGGCAACUAAUACAGAGUCUCCAGAAGCUAAUGCUCUGUCCAUUGAAGAUAAAGAGCCGGGUUCUACGGAUUUCGCUGUCAAUGGCAGCCAAAUUCAAUUUUCUAAUGAUUCUGCGCCAAAUAGAACCCAAAUUUUAGAAACAGGAGAAUGUGACUUAUUUAUUGGAGAUUGGAUUCCAGAUCCUUCUGGUCCAUUUUACACUAAUCGGAGUUGUUUGGCAAUCGAAGGUCAUCAAAACUGCAUGAAAAAUGGAAGGCCUGAUACUGGGUACCUAUAUUGGAGGUGGAAUCCAGUGGGGUGUGAUCUACCCAGAUUCAAUCCGAAGAAAUUUCUUGAUUUGAUGAGGAACAAAUCGUGGGCUUUUAUUGGUGAUUCCAUUUCUCGUAACCACGUGCAGUCGUUGCUUUGCAUUCUCUCUCAGGUGGAACAAGCUGAUGAGAUGUACCACGACAAGGAAUAUAGAUCGAAAAUAUGGCACUUUCCAGCUCAUAACUUCACCCUUUCAGUCAUUUGGACCCCAUUCCUCAUCAAGGCAGAUGUAUUUGACGACAUGAAUGGGGUUUCAUCUUCAGAAGUUCAGCUUCAUCUAGAUGUACUUGAUCAUAAAUGGACUAAUGAAUACAGGAAUUUUGAUUAUGCUGUAAUUGCAGGUGGCAAAUGGUUCCUCAAAACUGCAUUAUAUCAUGAGAAUGACAGUGUUACAGGCUGCCAUCACUGCCCUGGAAAGAACUUGACAGAGCUUGGAUUUGACCACGCAUAUCGAAAAGCACUACGGUUGAUCUUCGACUUCAUUACAGGAUCAGAUCACAGCUCUUUUAUUUUCUUUAGAACAACCACCCCCGACCACUUUGAGAAUGGAGAAUGGUUUAGCGGAGGCAGUUGCAAUAGAACAGUACCCUCCAAAGAAGGUGAGAUUGAUAUGAGAGAUGUGGACAUAACAAUGCGAAACAUUGAAUUGGAAGAAUUCGAGAAAGCUGCUGAAUUAGGAUCUGGAAAGGGGCGGUUGAAAUUACUUGAUACUACUCGACUCUCAUUGUUGAGGCCAGAUGGGCAUCCCGGACCAUACAGGGACUUUCAGCCAUUUGCAGAGGAUAGCUUUGCUCGAGUUCAGAAUGAUUGCUUACAUUGGUGCUUGCCAGGGCCGAUAGACUCUUGGAAUGACUUGGUGAUGGAAAUUUUAGUCAAUAGCAGAUUGCAUCGAUGAUGGAUAAUUACAGGGAAAAAGAAAAAAAAAAUCCCUUUUCGAUUUUAUACAUAUAUGUAUUGCUUGAGAUAUACAUGAAAGCACCUGCACAUUUUAUACAAUAUCAUAUGCAUUAACGGUCAAACUAUAGAUUUUGCUCACCAAUUUCAGAGAGUAUCAAGAGAUCACCCGCGAGGGUAAUUCAACUCCAAACGAAGGAGUUGCGGCAAUAGCCCCCAAUCAUAUGGCUAGAUAGGCAAAGUGAAAACAAAUUUAACCUUGAAACAAAGUUGACACAAGGCAGCUAUCAGACAUUGUCUUUUAGUAAAUUUUAUUCCAUUAAUAAGUAACUUUAGAUAAAUUGAAAAGCUCUAAUCAACCUAUAUUCAAAGAUGUAAUGAUAAAGAACUUGGUGAUAAAAUCAUCAAGAACAGAAAGUUACUGAACUUUAUCAUGAAUCUCAACAUUAUUCUAGGAAAUCGUGUCCCAAGCUGUAGCUUAAAUAUUUGGUUCACUGAAACAGACUCAACAAAUACAAAACGCCAGAAAAGCUUACAACAUUCAUAAUGUGAUUUUCUUUGCUUCCAUUCUAUUUGGUUGAUGGUGGUGAAUUCGGCUUCCUUUGAUCUGGUUUAAGAAAUGGAUCCUGCAAAUUCCAAAUGUAA